AAAGCAAAUCUGUACAAGGCAGAGAGAGAGAAAAAAGUGUGACACCUCCAAGCUCAACUUGUGGCAGCACAAUCUGUAUAAUCGAAUCGACAAAACUCUUAUCCUACCGCAUAAACAUUUAUCAAUUUCUACGAAUUUCUGAACGUGCAGUUUCUGGCUUACAAAAGUAAUUUAGUUCGGAAAUUUAAUAUUGUUGAAAAAUGUCUGGUCGAGAAGGAGGUAAAAAAAAGCCUUUGAAGGCACCAAAGAAGGAUUCAAAAGUUAUGGACGAUGAGGAUGUAGCAUUCAAGCAAAAGCAAAAGGAACAACAAAAAGCAUUAGCUGAAGCAGCAAAGAAAGCCAGUCAAAAGGGUCCUCUAGUCACUGGUGGUAUAAAGAAAUCUGGAAAGAAAUGAUCAUGUGUCGAAUGGAUGAAAUAUGCGAUUGACUGUGCACAUAAAUGUCUGAUGUCUUAUAACAAUAAUUUUAAACUGAUCCAUUGUUAUACCGGAUUUCUGCGAUAUCUUUUUUUACAAUCCUUAUAUAUUUCGAGAAAUGCUUUUAACUUGUAAAUAAAAACAGCAUGUUGUGUA